GAAGCAGAAAAUUGACGUAGGUAUGGUAUAGUAAGGCCGGUAUGACUCUCAAUUAAGCAAGCCAAACUCCUUCCUGCUCUCCUCUUACAUCCGCGAAGUCGCUACUUCAAUAUCUUUCAAGGACCCUGAGAGCGGGCGGGCAAGCUUCACCUAGCUCCAACCAAUCGGUCUGACUCAUCCAAGCCGCCGAUACUCUUGGCUGUCCUACAUGGUGGAUUUGGAGCGUUCAAUUAAGCUAUUUAGUGUGGGCCAGCUAUUUCGUACCUCUUUUUUCUCAAGCCAGACGCGAGUAUUCAUCCCACGCCUGUCUGCCUCUUAUCUAUUGAGAAUCUUCAAAUGGCUUCCUCUCGAAGCAGCAGUAAUGAAUUCCAUGAUGAGACCGUGUUGCUAGGAGACAAUCGCGACGAUGCGCUUCCUCCUCCGAGGCCGGGUUUAACAAGGGCCCAAGCUUUCAAUCUAUACCUCAGCCAUGCUUUAUCGACGUGGAAUGCGCGUGGAUAUGAAUUCGCUGCUAUCCUUUUCACUGCUGCUGCGUACCCGGAUACGCUUGUCGCGGCCGCGUUGCGAAUGAUCAUCAUAUACAUCGCCAUGAUCUUAUUUUCCAGCUCCGUAGGCCAAUGGGUCGAGCGAUCCCCUAACCGCCUGCGCACUUUGCUGUCCACCAUCAUUUGCAAUCGCGCAUCGGUGAUUCUGGGCUCCUUCGUCUGGCUUUUGAUCCUGAGCCAGGAGAACCUAGUCACUGGCGGUGAUAGCCUUGCUGCGACACCUCCUAGGUUCGCACUACCGCGCAAUGACGCCCUGAAGGGCAUUGUCUUCGCCGUCGCUGUAGCUUUUGGAAUAAUCGAGCGAUUGAGUGCUUCUGGAAAUUUGAUCUCCAUGGAGCGGGAUUGGGUCGUUACGAUCGCUGGUCAGGCGGGACAUCCCUAUGAUCUGACGAAUCUAAACGCCGUCAUGCGACGCAUCGACCUCGUCUGCAAGUUGAUGUCUCCUAUACUGAUCUCCAUUGUCAUCUCAGCGACGGGCUCGGUGCGUGUCGGCGUGCUUUAUACAGGGCUCGGGAGCCUUGUGAGCAUCCCAAUUGAGCUCCUCUCUGCUAAGGGAGUCUGGAAUGGUAGCAUUGUUCUACAGGAGCCGAAGCCAGUACCUAUUCCUAGGCCGCCUAUCGCUACAUCGGGAGAAAGUAGAUUUAGGAUCACGUCUUGGUUGAGUGGGUUACGUAAUUACCUCCAGGGGUUAGAGAUGUAUUUCAGCUCUUCAGUCUGGAUGCCAUCCUUUGCGCUUGCGAUGCUGCAUUUCAAUAUGUUGACUUGGCGCGCGACAUUCAUCACGUACUUGAUCAAUAUCGGCUAUUCCCUCAAUACAAUCACCGUCGCACGGGCUAUUGGCUCAGUCUUCGAGAUCAGUAGCACAGUUAUAACACCUCGCGGCAUCGUGUAUCUAGGUAAAACCAGCCGCCACCGCACCGCAUCAGGCGAUGAAUCGAAUAUCAGUCUGAUGCACGAGGAGACUCAACAAGAAGACUCAGUCGACGACGCGCAAACCAUCAUCGGUCUCCAACGCCUCGGGCUAUGGGGCAUGAGCAGCCAGCUCCUCAACACAAUCCCCGUCGUCCUCGCUCUUUGGGUUACAUCCUCCCAGCGCAACGAAGCCACCACAGACGACAUCCCCACUCUGCUCCCGCGCUUAACCGGUGGGUUCAGCAUAGGCUGGAGUCUGAUUUUAUUCACAUUCCUCGCAUUCUCGCGCCUCGGCGUCUGGGUCUUCGACCUGACCACGCAGCAGCUGACGCAGACCUUGGUUCCCAAGACGCAGCGCUCGAGCUUCGCCGGCGUCGAGAACUCCGUGGUCAACGUGUUCGAGGUCCUCGGCGCCGGCGCCGCCAUCGCCUUCCCGCGCGUCGAACAGUAUCGCUGGCUUGCGGUUGCUAGUCUGGUCGGUGUUGUACUGAGUUGGUGUUUGUAUGCUUGGUGGGUGCGCGCUCAGAGGGGCCAUCUUGUCCAUUGGGAAAAGCUUGGCACGCGACGCUGAGGGCCUGGGGGUUUGGUCUGGUGGGUGUGACUAGUUUGCAAAAGUAUGUUACGGCUUGUAUGAUCGCAGUACCAUCAUGCCAGCCCAGCGCCAGCGCUGGCUG